AAUGACUUCUGAACAGAGCGAAGAAUUGAAUAAUUCUAACGAACAAGGAAAAGGAUGCGAUUUGGUCACUUUUAAAGAAGAUUUACUUCCAAUAUUGAAACUUACGGAAUACGUUGAUGAUCAAAGACAAGCAAUUGAAUCAAACGACAAUACAACAUGCGAUACUAAUGAUACUAAAUUAUUAGCAGAAAAGGAUACAAAGAAUUUAAAAACAGUUAAUAAAACUGCAAGUGAUAAUUCUGAAUAUGAAAUAUGUGUUAGAUAUUCUGAUCUUCUAAAUCCUCCUCCCUUACGAAUUCAAGUUAAUACUAUUCAAUCAAAAGUUGAAGAAAUAUUACAAGAAAAAUAUCCUGAAUCCUUAACAUUUGAUGAGAAAAUAAUAAAAUUUGAAAAUAUACUUCGUAUACCUAAGAAAUCAAUUGUAAAAAACAAGAAAAAUGUCCGACUAAAGUCGUAUUCGCAUUCCAAUUUAUUUGAUAUUAAAAAGAUGAAACGUUGUGAAUCUCUUAAGAACAAAACUCCUAAUAUUCUAUCUCAUUCUUUGGAAGAUGUCCGAAUAAAGCCUGAUACUCCUAAUCUCUGUGAACCGGAAGUUGAUUGUUAUCCGUACAAUAGACUAUCAGAGAAUGAAAUGUUAGCUCAAAUGCUUUCUGAUAAGGAUUUGGAAAAGGAAGAAUUACUUGAAAAUCUAAGAUCAAAUGAUUUUAUUGCUAAAGAAAAACAUUUAUUACAAUUAAGAUCCAAUGAAUUAAAGAAUAACCUUCAAGAAAGUAAUGAACAGUGUUUAAGGAUAAUAACCGAUAAACAGAAAUCAAAAGAUCAAUUUACAACACAAACUAAUGAAUCUCAAUUGAUAAACCCUUUAGAAUUUGACAUUAACGUAAUUAUGGAGGAUAAAGUAAAGAUGUUGGGCGAUAAAUUGGAAAACGAAAGAACUGAUUAUAAAAAACAUAAAAGAUUAUUAGAAGAUGAAAUUAAAAUGCUUACGAAUGAAAAUCGGAUGGUUAAAGCUAAAUUUGAGGAAGAAAGAAUUCAAAAACAUCUUAUUGAGCUAGAAGCUGAAAAACUAAUAGAAGAUAAUGAUUUAUUAAGGAAAGGAUCUUCGGAGAGAUUAUUACAAAAUAAUACAACAAACUUUGAAAGAACCUUGUACGAAAGGAAAUUUGAAGACUUAACUCAAGAUUUUCAUCACUUAUUAAACGAGAAACAACUUGCAGAGACUGAAUUUGACAAUAAAUUAAUUGAAGCUAAAUCCUCAAUUCAAGAAUUAAAAGAAGAAAAUCAGCGAAUUCAAGAUAAAUAUGAUGAAAUUUUAACGGAAAAUCGAGCGUUAAAAAGUCACAAUUUAGUCAUUAAAGUAGACAAGAAAAAUCAAGAAAAACUUGAGAAUGAAUUAAUUAUGAUAAAAGAAAAGCUAAAUGAUACUGUGGAAAGGUUAGAAACAUCAUCUAAUGAAGGUGCCAUUUACAAGAGGCAACUUGAUACUAUAAAAGUUGAGAUGAACUCUUUAAACUAUCAAUUAAAAUUGAAGGAGGAACAAUGUCAAACUUUAAAACCUGACAGACAAUUAAUACCUGAAAACAACUCGCAAUCGCUAAAGGAAAUUGCCAGUCUUCAAGAAAAAAUAACAAACGCGGAAGAAGAGUUGAUUCUAUGGAAGAAGAAAUAUGAUAAUUUAAAUAUUGAAAAUUUAAAACUUCAGGAUGAACUAAAUUCUAAAGAGGACUUGAACGAAGCAGCACGAAACGUUACGGGUAAUACUAGAGUAUUGGAGUUAGAAACGCUUCUUAGAGAAAGAGAAAAUCAAAUAAUUAAAUACGAAAUCAACACUAAAUUAGAUAUAAAUGAAUUGCAUAAAGCUCUCUCUACAACUAAAGAAUUAGAAGGAAAAGUAGAAAAAUAUGAUGAAGAAAGGAGAAGACAUAUACAAGAUGUCAGGGAUUUAAAAAAAGAUCGUGAAAUUGCUGUAACAAAUUCGAUUGCGCAAUCGAAUGCUUUAGAAUAUUUAAAUGAAGAAUUAGAUAAAGUUAAUCAACUAUUGAUAGAAUCUUCAAUAGAGGUCAGUGAAAAUAACGUUUUCUUGAAUACUACUCCCCAAGCUAUCCAUAUGAUUCAUUUAAAUCUUGAAAAUUGGCACCAAAACAUUCAUAUUUAUCUAUAA